GGGGGCAUGUAAGGUUGUUGGAGAGCCUUUCUUCUCCUGUGGGCGGUUAAAGCGCUCUGAAAUCAGGCCCAGGAAAGGGAUGAUGGUGAUCCGAAAUUCGCGGUUUCUGUCUCCUUCCGGGGAGUUAGACAUCGCCAGGUGCGGUCGAAGGCUGGGGGAAACACCUGAAUAUGUGGAAUCCCAGUACCGGGCACCCAGGGCCAAAUACAUAUCCCCCCAACGUGGGGUACCCUGGAGGUUCCAAUCCUGUAUAUCCACCACAUCCACCACCUGUCAAUCCAGCCUUUCCUCCUGGCCCCUGUCCCACUCCCCCAGGACCUCCCCAGGGGAUGCCAGGUUUUCCUCCAGGUGGGUCCCCUUAUCCUGUGCCACAGCCAGGAUAUCCAGGAUACCAACCCUCAGGUCCCCACCCUCCUCCAUAUCCACCACCUGCCCCUGGUAUGCCUCCUGUGAACCCCAUGGCUCCUGGCAUGGUAGGCCCAGGAAUGAUCGUGGACAAGAAGAUGCGGAAGAAAAUGAAGAAAGCUCAUAAAAAGAUGCACAAACACCACAAGCAUGGCAAGCAUUCCUCCUCUUCCUCCUCUUCCAGCAGUGACUCUGACUGAAUACAGGGCCUGGACCCUCCCCUCAAGUCUCACCAGUUCUGCUCUCCCAUCAAGCUUCAGCUGCCGUGUUGUACUGGGGAAUUUAGCCCUUGUGCCCCUCCAUCCUGUCCCCACCUGAGCCUUACCCUACUGUUCAGUCCUGACAGGCUAGGGAAAAUGGAAAGAGGAUUGCGGUGGGCUAGCAAGGGCAGCCUUCUCACUGCUUGAUAGAUCUUAUAGCUAAAGAGCUUAGCGGGAAGCUGUUUUUUGAAGAUGGUGAGACCUCUGAACUAAAUGCUGAAGAUAAGUUUAAGUUCUGUAAAAUGUGAUCUUUUAAAAUUUCCUUUUAUAAUAUGUGUAGAUCGAGGGGGGAGUUUGUGGAAAUUUCACUAUGAUGAAAAACCUGUACAUUUUUGUAAUGUUGGCACACUGGAGUGAUUUAUCGGAAAAUAUAUUUCCCAGCAGUCCUUUUAUUGAUUGUGCUAACAGCAAGGCUGAUGAGCCUUGGCUGAUGAGCUCUGAAUGACCUUUUGUAAGCUAAUCUCUACUCCUUAGCUCAAUAUGCUAUCAUAGGUCCUACUCUCAUUCUCCAACUCUGGGUCCAAAUAAAACUAUUUCUCCUGA